UCUCAACGUCAAAAAAAUAAUUUAAGAUUAAAAAAGCUCAAAAAAUAUGAAAGAUAAGACUGUAAAUGGCAUUAUUGAAGAAGACAAGAAAGAACCACUUAUGUUAAUGUCAGGUCCGUCUUCAGGAAACCAUCAAUCGACCUUAAGAUUCGAUAAUUUGGGUCCAUUAGUUGUAAAUCGAGAUGGGACAUUAGCAAGAAUUGAGAAUUGGGAGACAUUAACAGAUAUAGAAAAAAGAAAUAUUGAAAGAGUAUUAGUUCGUAGAAAUCGUCAGCGGUUAGAGGCAUUACGUUCAAUGGAAACACAAGAAAUUAGUCAAGAAUAAGAGGAGGUUGUUGAUAGUAAUUACGAGUUUCCAUGGUAACGGUUG